CAACAGCGUGCGCCAUCGUCACACCGCUACACUUCUUUCUUUGGCUGGUUGUAACAUUGCCCUAUGGUACACGAAGCGAAUCCAAUGCGAUUAGCAAGAAAAGCUUGGAAUCAUCUAGGACUGUUUACUCGCGAGGAAGCUGUCAAACUGCUUGAGGAGAAGAUGGUAUCGCAGAAGCGACAUGUGCUUAUGAAGGACUGCGUUAGAAUUAUUUACUACUGCCACGUAAAGCGUUCGAGUGGAUGUCGUUAUGAGAUGAGCGUUUGCGUCCCCAACAACCCCGAGGAAAAGUUGCGAAUUGAUGAUUUCUGCGUACAUACUUGUAAUCCGGACAGCGCACGAGUUAGACGAAAAGCAAAACCGCAGAUUGGUGAUUUUUCCAAGCCGCUUGAAAAGCGAAAGCCUUCAGCUAGUUCAACGGCUCACAAAGGCGAAAGCCCUCUGCCAUUUCCCCUCGGCGAUCCAAUGCCCUCGUUCUUUGCUAGUGAAGGUGAUAGGUUCGAAGCAGAAAAUGCAAUGGAAUCAGGCGCACAGCAGAGAUUGGAACAUGAUGAUCACGAGGAAGGACCAAGUGGGAACCUAGCCAGAUUCCUUUCGGAGAUGGGAGAUCGCACGGAGCAGGCGGCAUCGACUAGCCAAUCUUCGGCGUCGACUGUGUGGUCAACAGUGGAUAUCGAUAUCGUGGACUUCACUAAACGGCCUGAUCCUCCAUUUACCUACGUAUUUCAUGCGAAGGAUGAGGCAUCGCAAUACUCAUACGCUUUCCCGAUGAUAGGAAAUCAGCCGGAAGUUGUUGCAGAUGCCUUGCUAAACUUAUUCUAUCUAUUCGGCCCCUCAAAAGCGGUGAAGUUGGAACCUUCAUAUCGGGGGACAGUUCUGGAAACGAUGCUAUCCGAAAAGUUUCCAUCUACACGCAUAGUAUACUACUCUGAAAAUAGAAGUAAACAAGGCGCACCAGUGCCAAGGAGAGAAGAAUCGAUGAUUCGAGAGAGGAUAUACGCUUGGCUUAUGGACAACGGAAAAGUAAAUUGGUUCAAUCACCUUAACGAAAUAAAACACAUGCACAACUCCGAAUGGAUAGACGAAUUGGGUGGGACACCUAUGGAACUGUUCUUUGGUCGAUCCCGGCUCUCUAACCACAAUAUGUCAGGUAAAAUGGGAGCUAGCAGUUGUGAUGACGAUGUUAUGAGCGACACGCACUCCAACAAUACGAAUGAGACCAACGAUUUGGAUUUGAAUGUACCGUCUUUGGAAACUCCUACUCCUACUGUAAAGAGCGAACUCUGACCCUGUACAUAAUCUAAAGAUGAUCAUCAAGCAAGCUGUUUUUCAAAUCUGU